CUUCGCGUUCGGAACACAGAACCGGUUUGCAGAUUUCGUACGAAUGCAAGGAAAUAGUAGGCGCCUGAGCGUUUGAUUGGCACUUGAUGGGCAGCGAAAUGGUGGCAUAAUUUGCUGCAGAAAAAGGGUUUCGAUUUGCAUUUUGGUUUCCGGAAAAAAAAGGUAGCACAGCAAGCAAACGUGCAACGCCUAGCCUCCCCCGCCCCGGGUAAUACAGAAAAUGAAUCAAAGAAAUGUUGACGGUUUGAAGUGAAACAUAAAAGGCAAAGGUAGUAAGAAAUAGUAAGUGUCCGCGUGUGUGAAUUCUGAAAGUUACAGCUGCACAUCAUCCCCGAUUGCAAUAAGAAAGCAAAGUGCAACGAGAGUGGCUAGUUGGUAUAGUUUGCUAUAAUCUUAAACGAGUGCAGAAAUAUUAUGCAGAAGAAAUUAUGAUGAUUUAAUGCGUGUACACCGAGUUUUGCUGCAAGGUUUUGCUGGAGUUGAUCAUACUGUUAAAGCAUGUUAUUUUAAGCACGCUGAAAGAUCCUCCGAUAAGCUAAGUGUGACAAAAGGAAGAUACUAAGCAGUAGGAAGUGCAAUGCGUGUAUAAUUCGAUAGUGUGAAAUUCGACACACACUUACAGCAGUGUUGGCUCCUGAAACUAAACGCGAUCGAUAAAUGAGCGUAUAUGUGUGCGUGAAAGUCGAUAAGCAGCAAAAAGGAGACAGUCUUUAACAUCAACUUACACCAGUCAGCUAAUGUGCGAGUCCUCGAUGCUGCUGUUGUACAGUAGCGAAUAAACACGAUCAUUCGGAGCCGUGCUUUUGCUAUAGCGUUCGUGCGUUGACUGUUGUUAAACAUUAGAAUAAAGAGGAACCCUAGAAGCACACUCUAGUUAGUGAGAAAAUAGUUUACCAUAUAUCGUUUGCCUGUAACGUGGGUGUGUAACAUAGUAAUAUUGAUUAAAGAGAGUGUGUUCUAUACUUCCUUUCUAGUAAGUGCUUGUGUUGAUGCUUCCGUACGGUUUGGCGGUGCAGAGUAUGUAAGUGGUACGAAACAUAAAUCCUCCAAAGACAUCCUUUCGGCCCCCCUGUCUGUAGUGGUGGCGUGAGGAUCGCUUCGUUCACACAAUCGCAAGUGACUGAACACAGCCUUAAACACGGCGUAAUACAUCCCUCCAGUGUUGCUUUGCCACAAACUCUAAAUCCCAACCAAUCCGAGGGAAACCGAUCGCCCAGGUCCAGCUUAGUAGGGUGGCAAGAAAGUGGUGUAUGUGUGUGAUCUAGUGAUCGGUACUUGCAGCACCACGUGUGGUGCACAAUAGUUGGCGUAGCCAAUACAACCGUAUACUACAGCAGCAACAGCAGCAGCAGCAGCAGCAUCAGUUCGGAAAGGGUGAAAAAACCAAGGGCACAAAACUGCAACCUGCCGACCAAACCAUGUCGUCCGGAACGUUCGUAGAUCGAAUCGAUCCGUUCGCCAAACGUUCGCUCAAGAAGAAAAGCAAAAAAUCUCAGGGCUCAUCACGGUACAGGAAUUCACAGGAUGUCGAGCUGCAACAGUUACCCCCACUCAAAGUUGACUGUUCCAGCUUAGAGCAGGAGGAGCUAUUCAUACGCAAACUACGACAAUGUUGCGUUUCGUUCGAUUUUAUGGAUCCACUCUCGGAUCUGAAGGGAAAGGAAAUAAAGCGGGCCGCCCUAAACGAUCUUUCAGCCUACAUCACACACGGCCGUGGCGUGUUGACGGAAAAUGUCUAUCCGGAGAUUAUCAAAAUGAUAUCGGUGAAUUUGUUUCGAACCCUGCCGCCCAGCGAAAAUCCUGACUUCGAUCCGGAAGAGGACGAUCCUACCUUAGAAGCUUCCUGGCCCCAUCUGCAGCUGGUGUACGAAGUGUUUCUUCGGUUUCUCGAAUCAGCCGACUUCCAAGCGACGUUCGGGAAGAAAGUAAUCGAUCAGAAAUUUGUACUGCAGCUACUGGAACUGUUCGAUUCCGAAGAUCCGAGAGAGCGUGAUUUUCUAAAGACCGUGCUGCAUCGCAUCUAUGGCAAAUUUCUAGGAUUACGUGCGUUUAUUCGUAAGCAAAUUAAUAAUAUAUUCCUACGUUUUAUAUAUGAAACGGAACAUUUCAAUGGCGUCGGCGAGCUGCUGGAAAUUUUGGGAAGCAUAAUCAAUGGGUUCGCUCUGCCGUUGAAGGCGGAACACAAACAGUUUUUGGUGAAGGUUCUGUUGCCAUUACACAAGGUGAAAGUGCUGUCCCUCUACCAUGCCCAGCUCGCUUACUGCGUGGUGCAGUUCCUCGAGAAGGAUGCCUCGUUGACUGAACCGGUCGUGCGGGGUUUACUAAAAUUCUGGCCAAAGACGUGCUCGCAGAAAGAGGUGAUGUUUCUUGGCGAAAUCGAAGAAAUACUGGACGUGAUCGAGCCGCCGCAGUUUGUUAAAAUACAAGAACCGCUCUUUCGGCAGAUCGCCAAGUGCGUGUCCAGUCCACACUUUCAGGUCGCCGAACGAGCGCUUUACUUCUGGAACAAUGAGUACGCAAUGUCACUGAUCGAGGACAACAAUGCCGUUAUAAUGCCAAUUAUGUUCCCGGCGCUCUACCGGAUCAGCAAAGAGCACUGGAAUCAAACAAUUGUUGCUCUAGUGUACAAUGUGCUGAAAACAUUCAUGGAGAUGAACUCGAAGCUGUUUGACGAACUAACAGCAAGCUACAAAGCCGAGAGGCAGAAAGAAAAGCGACGAGAGCGAGAACGGGAAGAGCUGUGGAAGCGACUGAACGAACUGGAAAUAUCGUCCCGUGCGCCAAACAAGGAACAAAAUCUGCUCACCAAUCAAUCGGCAGGAGGACUAAUACAGGACGCCAAUCCAUCGCUGGGCGCUGGCGGUGCGCAGCUAAAUACCAACUCACUUUCAUCGCCCACCGUAACAUCCACAUCAUCCUUCACGCCCUCGUCGGCAAACUCGACUGGCAAUAACAACAAUAAUAGCACCGCUGCGGGCGCAUCCCAGCCGCCGGGAUCAUCGGGUGCCGGGUCAGCGCUUUCUGCCGCCACUUCCCAGCAGAAUGCUUCGGCGGUCGAUGCGGCUGCCGCGUUAAGCAAGUGAUGUAAUAAAUAAUAUUUUUUCUAAACCCGCUUUCCUCACAGAGAAGCGUCAUGCAUAAUAAUGCUACAUACCUACAUA